AUGAAGGGAUCCCACUUGUUCCUCUGCCUCUUCUCCACGUCAUGCUGGCUGAAUUUGAUGCUGACAGCUGGGAAUAAAAUCUUCCACUUCGGACCCUGCAGGAUUUCAAUGAGCGUGACUGAGAUUAGGUCUGGUUUCACCGCAAUUAAAGCCAACAUCCAAGCCAGAGACCCCAUCAGGACUCUGAGCAUCUUGUCUUACCCGCACUCUCUGCACAAGGUUAAGUCUUCAGAGAGAUGCUGCAUCACCCAUCAACUCUUCAACUUCUACGUGGACAAAGUCUUCAAACACUGCAAGACUGAGGAUUCAUAUGUCAACCGAAAAAUCAGCAGCAUAGCCAACUCCUUCCUCAGCAUGAAGAGGAAACUCAGGCAGUGUCAUGAGCAAAAUAAGUGCCUGUGUGGACAGGAAUCCGCUGAGAAAUUUAAGCAAAUACUUGCAAACUACGAAGGGCUGAAUGUCACAUCUGCAGCAAUUAAAUCUCUGGGUGAGCUGGACAUCCUGCUGGACUGGAUGGAGAAAUCUCGUUAG